CGCGCCGCGCAGUCGCAUCCAGACGCCGCAGUCGGAGCCCGGGUCGCGGGGAGGCCCUGCUAGGCACCCCCAUCCCGAGCGGGGCGCGCCAGAGCCGGAGCCAGCGGCGCGGGAGCAGGCGCCUCUAGACUCAGACCAGAUGUUCGCCAUCCAGCCAGGGCUGGCUGAGGGGGGCCCAUUCCUGGGGGGCCCAGCCCCUGCAGCAUGUCAGCCCCAACCAGACAGCAACUGCAAUUUCAUGGCAAGUGCCAGUGAUGCCAAUGAGAACUGGCAUGGGAUACUGGGCAGGGUGGAGCCCACCCUGUUAAAGAGCUCCUCCAAGCUGUCCUCUGCUAGCCAGGCCUCACAGGCUCCUGGGUCGCAUGAAGAAGGGGUCCGCAGCCCCCCUGAGGGAGCAGAGAUUCCCAGGGCUGAGCCUGAGAAGAUGGGGGAUGCCAGCACCAUCUGCUCCCCUCUGGAGGACAAUGGCUACGCCAGCAGCCCCCUGAGCACUGACAGCCCCAGCAGCAGCAGCAGCAGCAGCAGCCCUGAGCCUGCCUGUGGGACCCCCCGAGGCCUGGGCCCCUCAGAUCCUCUUCUGCCCUCUGUGGCCCAAGCUGUGCAGCAGCUGCAGGCACAGGAGCGCUACAAAGAGCGGGAGAAGGAGAAGCACCACGUGCACUUGGUGAUGUACCGGCGCCUGGCACUGCUGCAGUGGAUCCGGGGCUUGCAGCACCAGCUGGUUGACCAGCAGGCCCGGCUGCAGGAAAGCUUCGACACCAUCCUAGACAAUCGCAAGGAGCUGAUCCGUUGUCUCCAGCAGAGGGCAGCACCAUCCAGGCCCCAGGACCAGGGCUAAGGGUGUGUCCCCCACAAGGGUGAGAGGGUGUAUGUGGGUAUGUCUGCAGGCACAUGUGUGGUUGUACACAGAUCAGUACAUGAUCAUUUGCUAGCCUGACUGCAGGUAAGUCUGAGUGAGUAUGAUGUACUAACAGGAAGACAGGUGUGUGCAGGCAUAUGUAAAUAGAGUAUGAUGCUAUGUGUGUGUAAGUAUGUAGGAAAAACAGAUGUAUAUAACAUGUAUGUAACAGGGAGGUGAAUUUGUAAAUUCAUGGGUGGACAGAUACCCAAAUGUGUGUAUAUAUCUGCACUAAGGAUGUUCAUACAAAAGGGAUGUGUGUGUGUAUGAGUGGAUUUGAGUUGGGUGUGUAUGAAUGAGCCCUUGUAUGCAUAGGCCUGGGUGUCAGGUGCAUGUGUAUUUGCAGAUGGACCAGGGAAUAAGUGUAUACAGGCUCAGAUGCACCAGUCAGGCAUAUGCUCACACCCUGUUUUACCGUGGCUUAACCACAACGCUUUUGCACCCAACUGGGUCUCACUCUCCCUAAUGAGAAAGCAUUGGCCUGCUGUUAUCUGUCCAUGGCUGAUCCAUCCUCUUGGGAUGGUCCAGACUGUCACUCUUCUCCAACCCUCGCGUAUCCCAUACCUUGCUGUACUGGUCCGCUGUCCUUGAUGUAAGAGGUCUAGAUCCUCUCUGGCCUGCCGUAGCAUCUUUAUCUACAUUUUGUUAGGGUUAGUUGGUGGAGAAUGAAUUUGACAGGGGAAGAAAAUGGGAGGGGGAAGGUGGUAUUCAUAGCAGAGAAGACAAGCAACCGUCCCUCUUGAACUCUGC